CGCCCACCCCUCAGCUGUUGUUCUGACCGAGCAAGGAUGAUGCUUGCGGUGUCAGGCCGGUCUGACUCAGAGUGAUCUGAGCCACUGACAGGAUCGCGCCUGAUUAUGGAGAACAGAGUCCCGCUGGCCACAUGGCCUCGGCUGGUGCCGCUGCUGCUGCUGCUGCUGCUGCUGCCUCACAGCCACCAGAGGAUCCAGGACUCCCCUGCUGUGCACCUCAGCAGUGGUUCAGGACAAGAGCCUAUUGCCGUCAUGACCUUUGACUUCACCAAGAUCAGGAAAACCUCUUCUUCCUUUGAGCUUCAGACCUGGGAUCCAGAGGGAGUGAUAUUUUAUGGCGACACGGACCCCCAGGAGGACUGGUUUAUGCUGGGACUUCGGGAUGGCAGGCCCGAGAUCCAAAUGCACAAUCGCUUGGCCCAGCUGACGGUGGGCGCUGGGCCCCGGCUGGACGAUGGCAGGUGGCACCAGGUGGAAGUGAAGGUCCUCGGGGAUUCGCUGCUGCUGAGCGUGGAUGGGGAGGAGGUGCUGUGCCUGAGGCAGGUCUAUGGGCCUCUGGCCAUCACAUCCCAGUCCUUCAUGAGGAUUAUACUGGGGGGGCUGCCAUUGGCUCCCUUCAGUCUCCGUCUGCCGCUGGUCCCCGCCCUGGAUGGCUGUCUGCGCCGGGACAGCUGGCUGGACCAGCAGGCCCAGGCCUCGGUGUCCACCCUCAGUAGUAGCCUCAGGAGCUGCAGCGUGGAGUCCCAGCCAGGCACGUUCUUCCCUCCAGGGGCUCGGGCCGAAUUCAGUCUCCGAGACCUGCCCCAGCCUCAUGCAGAGCCCUGGGCUUUCUCUCUGGACCUGGGACUCCAGCUGGCAGCCGGCUCUGGCCGCCUCCUUGCCCUUGGGAGCCCAGAAAACCCUCCUUGGCUCAGUCUCCAGCUCCAGGAUCAAAAAGUGAUACUGUCCUCUGCAUCAGGACCGCCGCUGCAUCUGCCUCUGGUCUUGGGACCCCAUCUUCAGCUGAAGCUGACCACGUCUGGGGUAAUCCUGAGCCAGGGACCUGAGAAGGAGAUCCUUGCCCUGCCUCUCUUGGGCCCUGGCUCUCUCCUCAACCUCUGGGGCCAACCCCAGGGGCGCCUCUUCCUGGGGGCCCUGCCAGGAGAGGCAGCUUUGGCCUCCUUUUGCUUGGAUGGCCUCUGGGCACAAGGCCAGAAGCUGGACAUGGACCAGGCCCUGAGCAGAAGUCAGAACAUCUGGACUCACAGCUGUCCCCGGAGCCUAGGCAAUGACACGAACACCACCCAUUAAACCCCCACGGGAGUACCCCCUUGAA